CCCCAGAGCUCAAAUCUCCGGCGCAAGCGACGCCUGUGGCUUCACGAGGCACAAGAACUAGCGCGGCGCGGCCAUUGUCUUGGGAGCGAGCGAGGCACCCGACUGUUGAGGCAGAGCAGGGGUGGGCGGGCGGACGGCCGGGCCGGCGAUGGGCAACUGCCAGGCGGCGGAGGCGUUGGCCGUGGUGAUUCAGCACCCGGGCGGCAAGGUCGAGCGCCUGUACGGGCCGGCCACCGCCGCCGACGUCAUGCGCAGCAACCCCGGGCACUACGUCGCGCUCGUCGUCCUCCGCGUCUCCGGCCCCUCCGCUGACGCCAAGGCCGACGCCGCGGUGGCCGGCGGCGGCGCCAAGAUCACGAAGGUCAAGCUCCUCAAGCCCAAGGACACCCUGCUCCUCGGCCAGGUCUACCGGCUCAUCACCGCGCAAGAGGCGGCGAAGGCGGUGCAGGCGAGGCGGCAGGAUAAGAUGCGGCGGUGCGAGGAGGUGAUCGACGACCGGCGUCGGCGGCAGUCGCAGCCGGGACACGCCUCCGCUGGCAGCGAGGAGCAGGGGCAGUCCACCGGCCACGAACGGAAGCGGCCGGAGAAAGAGCGGCACCGCAGCGGCGGCGGCAGAGGGCGGCAAUGGCGGCCAUCGCUGCAGAGCAUCACCGAGUCGGCGGAGCUGAGGACGCGACCGGCUUGCGACGCUGUCCUGCGACUUCAGCUAGGAGUAUAGAAGAAGGCUUGGAGCUAGGAAUGUAGAUGUACAUUGGGUGAGGUGAGAGACUCAGAGAGGAGCGGUGAGACAGUAGCAAGAAUCGCUCCGUGUAGUUGGCAUAGUGAUGAAACAGUGAAGCAGCUGUGCAAGAACAACAUUUAACUGUU